CGAUGGUCACCAAGUUGCUUCUGCUGCUGCUGCUGCCGCUCCUCCUCCUGGUCAUAGUAUCCAGACCAGGGUCGAGUGCGGCCCUGGAGUGCUACGCCUGCGACUCCGCCGAGAACGCAGAGUGCGCCACGCGUCCUGGCCAGCAACUGGAAGUGGAGGAGUGCUCGACGUCUGGGGACGAAUGCGUCACUUCGAUUUCGGCGGGCUUAACGCGUCGCGGCUGCCUGGGGCGUUUGUAUCCGAAUGGCUACUGCGCCGCUCCCUGCGACAAGUGCAACACGAGUCUGUGCAAUCGCCACGUCUAUCCCACGGAUCGCCUGAGGUGCUACCAGUGCAGCGGAGCUGAAUGUAUCGAUGUGACGAGCAGGCCGCAGUUGCUGCUGCCCUGCCCGGUUUACCGGGAGGACGACAGGUGCUACACCAACGUGGUCCAUCUGUCCAACACGCUGCGUGGUUGCGAGCAUACGAAUCUGCCCACAACCUGUCCGCAUGUUUGCCUCAAGUGCAACUACAACGGCUGCAAUGCGGAGAAGACCGUCACGGAGACUCGCUGCCUCCAGUGCACCCACAACCGACUGGCACCCAAUCCGGACUGUCUGCGGGACCAGGGCCCGGCUACAGGGCCAGAAGAUCAGCCAAAGUGCUCGCUGAGCAACAUCACGGUGACGCACUGCACCAACAAGGUGAUGUACGGCCACCGCGAGAACUGCUACACGCACCGCAACACCCAGACAGAGGUUCUGCAGCGCGGCUGCUCCACAACCAUGGGAUUCUUUCCCACUGGCGACCUGAGCGAGUGUCACGGGGAGCUUUGUAAUGCCAACUGCCAGGACAUAGCCUGUGCCGUGUGCAACUCCACGGCGGAUCCAGGCUGUCGGUCGGGUCGCAAUCUGCCAACGGCAAAGUGUGCUGCUGGCACCACGUCCUGUUAUUCCUGCGAGCAAGGUUAGCAGGAUUACACCAUACAUUACAUUCUAAUUCCUCAUUUCCCCCUUUAUGUGCCUGCAGAUACCUUCCUGCGACGUGGCUGCGCGGAUGAAGAUUUCGCACCUUCCCCCGUGGGCGAAAGCUGCCAGCUGUGCCGCGAUGCCGACUCCUGCAACCGCUUCUCCGUGCGCACCUGCUACCGCUGCAAUGCCCAGGAUCAGGGUCAGGAUCAGGAGGACUGUGGGGCCAUGGAGCUGCCCACACUGAUGACCACCAGCAACUGUUCCGGGCCGACAGAGCUAUGCGUCAGCACGGUGGUCAGUCGACUGGACGGCAUCUAUACGGUACGCGGAUGCGCCGGAGAGGUGCCGGAGUGCUCGGCCAAUGAUCCGUACUGUGUCCGUUGUAACGGAAGCCUGUGCAACAACUCUCCCACUUUAUGGCGUCAAAAGCAGCUGGAUCGGACGGACCUGGGCCUGGCUCUGCCCAACGAUGGCUGGUGGUCACUCGUCCAAUACUGGUGGACCAGGAGGCUUCGAUAACGUUAGUACUGGAUUCCUUGGAUAAGUACAAUGCUGAUAAGGGAGUUAUGAACGGAUGUUUAAGGAGAACGCCCCCGCAACAACGACAUAACAUAAACACGUUCUGAUAACGAAUGCGCUUAAAAAUAGCAACAAUGGAGACAA